AUGUUGCAAGCACUGGGCCAUUCGCUGGUCAAGGAUGACAAGGACCAGGAUCUCGCUGCGAUCGCUUCGGUUUUCGAGCUGCCGGAGAAGGCCGGCAUCGUGAUUGCCUGGCUUUCGGAGGAUGGCCUUUUCUUGGUGUUCGACAUACUGGCGGAGUCAAAGGAGGAUUGCCGCAGACUGCGCCUGGAAAUUGCCGAAUCAGAUGGCUGUGCUGCAACAUGCCUGGCAUGGAUACCGGAUCUUGGUGCUGGUGGAAAUCCCCUGCUUUGUGUGGGAUUUGCGCAUGGUGGCGUGAGCUUCUUUUCCCACGACGGUGUCGUGCUGUUCUCAUUCCUGGUAUCUUCCACUCCGGUCAUUCGCGUUCGACAUUGUAAUUCGCAGCUCUCACAGGAGACGAAGAUGCCGGACUCUAGUUUAAUGCUCCUCCACGAUCAUGGCCUGGUGGUCGUGAUAGAGACGGAGAGCAUCCCGAAGGUGGCAGCUGCGCAGCUGCAUGAGGAUUGGGAGGACCAUCCCCUUGAAGCUUUGCGAUUUUCUGUCUUUGACCUCCGUGGCCGUGCUGGCAUAGUCGAUGCUGUUCUCCUGCCUGGUGCAAGAUCUCUGGAGGACCCGUUCGCGAUCAAGCGGCCUCACGAAGUAAUGAGCGGAAUGAGCGUGGUUGCCCUUGGUUCGCAGCCGUUUCUGUCCCUGCACAGCUUGCGUCACCCAGCAAAGAGCUCAGGUCCAGGCAGGUCACUGCUGGGAACCGCUGCCUCCGCUCUGGGAAACUACGCAAGGUCGUGGGUGGCCUCACGCAACACUGCCAACGGCUAUUAUCAGCGUGAUCAUGAAGGAGGGCCAGUCAAGAUAGCGGGCUUUGCACAAGCUCGUGAAAUCCAAGUAUCACCUUGGUUGAGCACGGAAUUGCCCGUCGCAGCAAAAUUUAUCGAUGCUUCGCGACAAGGCGAGGUCUUGAUGCCAGCGCCCUACAGCUCAAGUGAUGCAACGAGACUGGCUGCAACCUGCGAUGCGUACGGCCGUGUGGCGUUGUUCUGCUUGGAGUCUCUUCGAUGCCUUCAAUUGUGGAAAGGCUACCGAGAUGCCCAAGUUUCAUGGCUGUCCACAGCAGGCCUUGAGAAGGCAAAGGUAGGUGCAGGGGAGGGACGCUUUGAAGACAAGGACUGUGGAAGACCAGACCUGCCUUGUCUGGUGAUCUAUGCGCCACGCCGUGGGCUUCUGGAGUUAUGGCAUCUGUGGUCGUCGAAGGGUCCUAAACGCCUCGCUGCUAGCUGCGUUGGCUCGGACUGCUUGCUGCUUUCGCAGGGUGGUCGUGCAUACUUAUGGCACGGCGGCAAGCUGGACCGAGUUGUUCGGCCGGUUGUGGGAGCCGGAACGUCCCCUGCAAGCUGCGUCGAUCCGGACAGCGACGCGUUUGAUUCUGCCGAUUCCGAGCUCAACCGGACAAUGCAGCAGAAGGAGAUGUCGGAGAAGGUCCUGCGGAAUACGAAUCACGAGAAGAGGCAGCUGCAGGAGCAGUUGAUGGAAACAAUCUCUGGUUUUACGGAGGUCAUCGAAGGUCUUCAAGAUCAGUGCGAUGGUGCGACUAACGUCCCAUCAGCUGAUCGGCUGCAGGACCAGCUGAAGGAGAUCUGUGCUUCAAACAGGGCGCAGCAGGCGGAGGUGGAGUCCCUGAGGAUGCACUUGCAGAAGCUCAGCGAGUGCAAGAAGGCUGCUGAAGCUCGAGUGCGGAAUGGAGCAGGUGCUGGCCCAGAAGCACAGGUGCAUCAACUGAAGGACGAAAGAGACAUGCUCAAGGCCCGUUUAGAAGAGUUGAGCUCCAACACCACCACCGUCCAGCAUGACCAGCAAGAGCAGGUUCACACACAGGAACUGAAGCGGCUACGGCAGGACGUUGAAUCCUUGCACAAUGAGAAGGAACAGCUUCGUCGACAGCUGCAGGAGCAGGACAAGGAAAGACAGGAGCUGCAGGAUAAUUUUCUGUACGUGAAGACGCAGCUCGACAAGGUUCAGAUGAAGCAGGCUGAAGCUGCUCAGAAUGGGUCGCUGGAUGGACAAAAGGAACUUGAGCGGCACAGGCACACACUGCAGAGCAUUUCUGAAGAAAGGAACAGACUUGCAGCUCGCAUGGACAGUGCCCUCAAUGUUGCGGAGAAGGAGAAGGCCUAUCAUGAGCAAUCAGUCGAGCGCGUGACGACCGCAAAUGCCAGGCUGAUGGAGGAGCGAGACCGAAUUGCGAAGGAAGUUGAACGCCUUUCAUCUUUGUACGCCCAGUCUGUCGCCCAGCUUCAAGCCAGUUUGGCUGAUGCCCAGUCCGGCAAGUUCGAAUCCGCGACUGGCCAGACUGACCCUGCUGAAGUGGCACUAUUGAGGUCUGAGGUGGAGGACUUGGAUGCAACACUGCGGGACAGGGAAGAGGAAAAUGAUGCUUUGAAGACACGCAUUCGAAAGCUUGCGGUGUCGUGA